GGUGAAUUUGUUCAAGAGAAGUUCAGGUGGUGCUGGAAAAAACGCUGUUUUCUCUCUGUUUUUCUCUGAAAAUACCAGCAAUACCGCGGUGAAAAUGGUAAAUUUGUACCUAAACAUGUGUGUGGACAUCCGGGAGGCAAUAAAUCUGGCCAAGAGCAAUCUGUACGACUCGAUAACCACAAAACUCGUGUACCCUGACUUCGACCGGGAGUUUCAAGAGGAGCCGCUCGCGAGGCGCCAUCAAGUCUUCUCCCGGGCGGACAUUGUCCUGACCGCCAGGCUGUGGCAGAAGUUCGUGAUUGCCGCGGUGUCCGAUGAGAUUGACCUGGAGUCGCACAAUCCGCGGAUUCGGGAGAACAGCGAGAGGAAGUUCAUUCAGGAGAUGGACUUUGCUGAGCAUGUGAUUCAACAGGGGCUGAUCUAUGUGAAGCUCAAGCAGGGGAAGAAUGUUAACCUCUCGAGGAUCCUCAACACGUACAGCAAGUGCGUGAUUCUCAUUGAAGUGCCCAUGAUGGAUCCCAAAGCGGUGGCGCGACAGCUGCGGAAUGAUGUGGAGGAGGACGAGACGUUCACUGGUGAGGACACGUGGACGUGGUGGAAUAGAUUCCGCAUUCACUGUGACUACAAUCCCAAGCAUCGUCUCUCACUCGUCCUCUCGGCGGACAUUCCGUCGCACGAGGAGAUCCUCCGGUGGCUGGGCGAGCAGAUUGAGUACAUUGUGGUGCCGCACGAUGUGUUCAUCUUCAACAGAGCCAACUAUCCUGUCCUCUCGCAGGCACACCAGGACGUCCUGGGGCGCUUCCUGCGGAAGACCAAAGCCAAGUUCAUCGUGAAAGCCAAUCCGCACGAUCCCAGCCUGCGCUACUACGCCGAAUACCUCACGCACCUGCAGGAGAAGUUCAAGGAGGCCGAUCCGAUGGACGGAUACGAUGACAUCAUCGAGAUUCCACUGCAGCCGCUCUUCGACAACCUCGACACGUACACUUAUGAGAUCUUCGAGAAGGAUCCAGUGAAGUACAUCCUCUAUCAGCGUGCCAUUGAGGCUGCACUCAGGGACAGAGUCCCUGAUGAUCGUGUGGCAACGACAACGGUGACGGUGAUGAUUCUGGGCGCUGGCAGAGGUCCUCUGGUGCGUUCAGCGCUCAAUGCGGGCGCCAAUACGGGACGGAAGAUGAAGAUUUACGUGGUGGAGAAGAAUCAGAACACCAGAAACACACUGGAAGCGCUGUGGCGUGAAAUGUGGCCUCAGGAAGUGGUGCAGCUGAUCUUUUCCGACAUGAGAGACUUCUCACCACCUGAGAAAGCUGACAUUAUUGUGUCGGAAUUGCUGGGAUCCUUUGGUGACAAUGAACUCUCGCCAGAAUGCCUCGAUGGAGCUCAGGUGCAUCUGAAGGAGGACGGAAUUAGUAUUCCCAGUUCCUAUUCGUCCCACAUUGAACCUAUAAUGUCGUCCAAGUUGUACAAUCAAGUGCGCUCAGUGACAAAGACGGAGGAUCAAUUUCUGCAGCAGCGCGUGAAGGGAAAGAUCACGGAGAUGACUUAUGUGGUGUAUAUGAAGAAUGUCUUCUACAUUGCCGCCGAGCCGAAGAGAUUGUUCACAUUUCAGCAUCCAAAUCGUGAGAAAGUCAUCAACAAUAAUCGCUUUGAGAGACUCACAUUCACAGCCAGACUCGAUGCGGUUCUCCAUGGAUUUGCUGGAUACUUCGAUGCUGUGCUGUACAAGGACAUUACGCUCAGCAUUCAUCCGUUGACCCACACGAAGGGAUUGCUCUCGUGGUUCUCCCUGUACAUUCCCAUUUCGAAUCCAGUAAAUGUGAAGGCUGGCGAGGAAAUUGAAGUGAAUUUCUGGCGUCGCGCUGCCCAGAGGCGAGUGUGGUACGAAUGGAGCAUUUCAUCGCCGCAAAUCUCCUAUAUUCACAAUCUCAACGGUCGCGCCUGUGAUAUUCUCAUGUAGAGGCCAUCAAGUUGCUUUUGUGGAUGGAGAAGGAAUUACUAAUGCAAACCAGAGGGCAAAUACAAUAAGAAUAAAAUCUCAAGGACAGA